CUCUGGGCUGGCGGCCGCGGCGCCGCGCGGGUGGGUGGGAUAGUGGCGGAGCUCCGGGCGCCGGGGCACGGCCGGGGAGCGCUAUGGCGGUGGCUGUGGCGGCGGCAUCCGGUCCCCGCGGCGCCGCGAGGUGAGAGACCGCCUUUUCGCGGCUGAGGAGGCCGCAGCUGCCCGCCUGCCUUCCACGCGGGCCUCGGCUCCGGCAUGGCCGGGAUCAUUAAGAAGCAGAUCCUGAAGCACCUGUCCCGGUUCACUAAGAAUCUUUCCCCAGACAAAAUCAAUUUGAGCACCUUGAAAGGAGAGGGUCAGCUGACCAACCUGGAGCUGGAUGAAGAGGUUCUACAGAAUGUGCUGGAGCUGCCCACCUGGUUAGCCAUCACUCGGGUCUACUGCAACAGGGCCUCCAUCCGGAUCCAGUGGACAAAGUUGAAGACACACCCAAUUUGCUUGUGUCUGGAUAAGGUAGAGUUGGAGAUGAAGACGUGUGAGGAGCCUCGGCCCCCCAAUGGACAGUCUCCCAUUGCCCUCGCUUCAGGACAGAGUGAGUAUGGCUUUGCCGAGAAGGUGGUGGAGGGGAUGUUCAUCGUCGUCAAUUCCAUCACGAUCAAGAUUCACUCCAAGGCUUUCCACGCUUCUUUUGAAUUGUGGCAGCUCCAGGGCUACAGUGUCAAUCCCAAUUGGCAGCAGAGUGACCUCCGCCUCACCCGCAUCACCGACCCCCACCGAGGAGAGGUUUUAACAUUCAAGGAAAUAACUUGGCAAACACUUCGAAUUGAGGCAGAUGCAACAGACAAUGGUGAUCAGGACCCGGUCACCACUCCACUGAGGCUUAUUACCAACCAAGGCAGGAUCCAAAUAGCCCUCAAGAGAAGAACCAAAGAUUGCAAUGUGAUAGCCUCCAAGCUGAUGUUCCUGUUGGAUGACUUGCUCUGGGUGCUGACUGACUCGCAGCUCAAGGCUAUGAUGAAGUAUGCAGAGUCGCUGAGUGAAGCCAUGGAGAAGUCAGCCCAGCAGAGAAAGAGCCUGGCCCCUGAACCUGUACAGAUCACCCCACCUGCUCCUAGUGCCCAGCAGUCUUGGGCCCAGGCGUUUGGUGGCAGCCAGGGCAGCAGCAACAGCAGCAGCAGCCGCCUCAGCCAGUACUUUGAAAAAUUUGAUGUGAAAGAGUCUUCCUACCAUCUCCUCAUCUCCCGCCUGGACCUGCACAUUUGUGAUGAUAGCCAGUCCCGAGAGCCAGGCGUCUCUGCAAACAGACUCAUGGGUGGUGCAAUGCAGCUUACCUUCCGCAAGAUGGCAUUUGACUAUUACCCCUUCCACUGGGCAGGCGAUAGCUGCAAACAUUGGGUACGGCACUGUGAGGCCAUGGAGACCCGAGGCCAGUGGGCCCAGAGGCUGGUGAUGGAAUUUCAGAGUAAAAUGGAGAAGUUGCACGAGAAGACGGAUCUGAAAUCACCCUGGCACCUGGGGGUAGACUCGCCCUUCCGGAGGAAAGCAGAUUCUUUUUCUAGUCCUCGAAAGAACCUGCUUGAGAGAAGCCCCUCUCAGGGCCGACAGGCUGCCUUUCGGCCUCCAGCAUGGAAUCGCUUACGCUCUAGCUGCAUGGUAAUCCGGGUGGAUGAUUUGGACAUCCACCAGGUUUCUACAGCUGGACAACCCAGUAAGAAGCCAUCCACACUUCUUUCCUGCAGUCGGAAACUUCACAGCCUGCCCACUCAGGUCUCUGCCAUUCACAUUGAGUUCACAGAGUAUUACUUCCCAGAUAAUCAGGAGCUUCCAGUUCCCUGUCCCAAUCUCUACAUUCAGUUCAAUGGUCUGAUAUUUACUAUGGAUCCUGUGAGCUUGCUCUGGGGAAAUCUCUUCUGCCUGGAUUUAUACCACAGCUUGGAGCAGUUCAAAGCUAUCUACAAGCUGGAAGAUUCAAGCCAGAAAGAUGAACACUUGGACAUCCGACUGGAUGCCUUCUGGCUGAAGGUGAGCUUCCCGCUGGAGAAGAGAGAGCAGGCUGCGUUGCAUCGUCCCCAGGCCCUUGUCUUCUCUGCGUCAGGCCUGACUGCCACCAACACACGUCAUGCCCCACAUUGCAGCUGUCCAGACCUCCAAACUCUCUUCCGGGGCUUUGCUGCUGCUGAGUUCUUUCAUUCCAAUUAUGUGCACUUUCCCAAGGUUCCAGGUGGCUUUAGCCUUCUGCAUAUGCUUUUUAUGCACCAUGCCUUCCAAGUGGAUCCCUGCUUCCCUCAAGCUAGUACCUUCUCUCCCCAGAGGCUUAAGGCUUCCCAGGAUCUCUGGUCCAUCCACUUCACCCAGAUCUCCUUGGACUUUGAGGGAACAGAGAACUUCAAAGGCCAUGCCUUGAAUUUUGUGGCCCCCUUCCCCUUGUCCAUUUGGGUCUGCCUACCCCUCCGCUGGCAGCAAGCCCAGGCACGGAAACUCCUUUCAGCCACAGAAGGGAGGCUGAAACCAUCAGCUAGCUUUGGCAGUCCUGUCCAGUCUGAAGCCUUUGCCCCUGACACUGUGUCCCAUCAGAGGUCAAAAACCGAGCAUGAUUUGAAAAGCCUAUCAGGCCUUACGGAAGUCGUGGAAACUCUGAGAGAAGGCAGUGGUGGUGUGGACAGCAAAGGGCCUCUGGCAGAGCUGGAGGAUACAGCGGAUGUUCACAUGCUUGUACACUCUCCUGCACAUGUCCGUGUGCGACUUGACCACUACCAGUACUUGGCUCUACUCCGCCUGAAGGAGGUGCUACAGGGUCUUCAGGAGCAGCUUACUAAGGAUACAGAGGCCAUGACUGGGUCUCCCCUGCAGGACCAGACAGCUUGCAUUGGGGUGCUCUUCCCCAGUGCUGAGGUGGCUCUGCUCAUGCAUCCUGCCCCUGGGGCUGUUGGAGCUGACUCUGCAGGUUCAGAUACCACCAGCCUCAUAGAUUCAGAGCUGUCUCCUUCAGAGGAUAGGGAGCUGAAGUCUGAUGCCUCCUCAGAGCAGGGCCCAGCCAGCCCUGAGAAGGUUCUCGAGGAUAGUGGCCUGGAAAAUCUGGUUGCAUCCCAGGAUAGGCCACUGCCUAUCCAUAGCAAUGGAGAACUGCAGGACUCAGAUUCUCUUGCACAGCAGGAGGCAGGGAAGGGCCAUGAGGCAGUGGAUUCCUUACAGGCCAAGACAUUAAGCAGAACCCAAGCAUCCAGCUCACCAGCUGCACUGAAGCCCCCAGAUGGCAGGGAUACCACUGUGAAUGGACAGGGCAAGCUCAUCCCCUUGAACAUUGAGGGAGAGUUGUCAAGUGCUAUUCACAUGACCAAGGAUGCCACCAGGGAGGCUCUACAUGCCACCAUGGACCUCACCAAGGAAGCUGUGUCCCUCACUAAGGAUGCCUUCAGUCUGGGCAGAGACAGAAUGACCUCCACCAUGCACAAGGUGUUGUCCCUGCCUCCAGCCAAGGAGCCCAUGGCCAAGAUAGAUGAAGGGGUGGUAGCCCCAGUGAGUGGAGGUGCUGCCCGACUCCGAUUUUUCUCCAUGAAGAGGACAGUAUCUCAGCAGUCAUUUGAUGGUGUCUCACUGGACAGCAGUGGCCCUGAAGACCGGAUUUCAGUGGACAGUGAUGGCAGUGACAGCUUUGUGAUGCUCUUGGAGUCUGAGUCUGGUCCAGAAUCUCUUCCGCCAGGAUCUCUUCCCCAUGCCCUGGCCAGUGCUGGUGUUCAGGGGAGCCCUGUUGUGGAUAGUUAUGGCCAGGGGUCACCAGAGGCCAACAGCUCAGCCUCACCCAGUGGAGAAGACCUCAAUCUUCACCCGGUCUCAGUUCUGGUCCUGAAGGUGAAUGAGGUGUCUUUUGGGAUUGAGGUACGUGGCGAGGACCUGACUGUGGCCCUGCAAGCAGAGGAACUGAUGCUCCAGCAGCUGGGCACCAUGGGACUCUGGCAGUUUUUGCAUGGACAGUGCCCAGGUCCAAAUUUUCAGGAAUCCUCAACUUUGAAGUCUGAGCACAUCAGGCCAGCUGUGGGCCUUCGCUUUGAGGUGGGGCCUGGUGCAGCGGUUCAUUCCCCCCUGGCCAUACAGAACGGCUUCCUGCAUUUCUUGCUUCGUGACUGUGAUCUUGAGCUGCUCACCUCGGUGCUCAAUGGCCUGGGGCCCUUCUUGGAGGAUGAGGAGAUCCCAGUGGUAGUUCCCAUGCAGAUUGAGCUCCUGAACUCCAGGAUCACCCUACAGGAUGAUAUGCCCCCCAUCUAUCCGACGUCGCCAGGCCCUAUCCCCAUCGCUCUGGCCGUGGAGCAUGUUGUGCUGAAGCGGAGUGAUGAUGGUGUGUUCCACAUAGGUGCAGCUGCUCAGGACAGACCAUCAGCUGAAGUACCUAAAAGUGAGAAGAGGCAGCCUCCAAAAGAACAGGUGUUUCUGGCGCCCACAGGGGAGGCUUUCGGACAGCAGGUGAAAGAACUGCCUGCCCUGCAAAAGGAACUGAUAGAAACUAAACAAGCAUUGGCCGAUGCCACCCAAGAUAAAGAAAAACUUCUUCAGGAGAUUAGGAAAUAUAACCCCCUCUUUGAGCUCUGAGAGCAGCGGCUCAGCCAUCUGUGCCAAGGAGAGAGGAAGGAGAUCACCAGCAAUAGCACCACCUGUGACAGAAGGCACCGUCCAGUGUUGAAUAAGUCGGCUAAGGACACCAGAGGGACUGGAGGAGAGUGCUCAUCUCACUCCUUGUGGUGUUCUUUCUACUAGCUGUUCUAACUUGGAUGGAAGGCAGGCAAAGCAUGACCACGUUCCAGGAAACUGGGGGCAGCUUUGCGCGUGGCUCAAGCAUCAUGUCUUGCCUGUAUAAAGCUUCUGGCCCUCUGCACACUAGGUGGAAUCUUCUUGACACUGUAGGGCCAUUUCACCGCCUGGUUUCAUGGCAGAGACAUUUGCUUCCUCCACAACCUGUGUCAACAAGGCAAAGUACCCACCUUCCUCAAUCACCCACAGAGCCACCAAAGAUUCUAUGUCCCAGAGCUUCCUGUAGCAGACCUGGAAAGUUCUGGGCCUGAGCUUUGACUACAGUAGUACGGUGGAACAGCAAACAGCCAGCGAGGCGGGAGCCAGGAGAGGCACAAGAAUAAGAGAGACCUGGACUCGGUCUUUUUUCGAUAGGGAACCAAGCUCUUAUCAUCUUGGCUGAUGUUCCAAUCAGAUUCUUCAGGGUUAAGCUUCCUUUCUGUUAGACUUUCAUCGUGAUGCUGUGGUAGAAAGUAAACAACAGUAGCAGCUCGGUUGUAUCCUCUUUCCCUUGAAUGACACAAUUUAUUUGAAAUUUAAAUCAAGAAAAAAAUAUUCACUCUGAGCUUGGUUGAAGGUGUGAUGUGGUAGGGAUCAAUGGGGGAGCUUGGUUCCAAGCCCCCGUUGCCCACCUCGAGUCCUGUCUCUCUUCCACAGCUGCACUUCCGAGGUGGUCUCCUCUGUCUGCCUGGGUCCCUGGCACAUCUGCUUUCCCAGCGCCAUGGCUUUCUGCCCGCACUCCCUCCUUAGCACUUGCUGGUUUGGGAGCGGCAAAUGUGUUUUACAGUGUAACAUAAACAUCUCAACCUUUUGCCUCCCACCCCUUCUAUCACUGUGGCUUUUUAAAAUCAUGUAAUUUUGACUUAAGUGAAAAAAACAGCAACCCUUCAACCUAGCGAGGUUUUGCCCCUGCCCUAUAAAAGAGCUAUUUUCCUUUCCUCCCUAAUUCUUCUCCAGCACUCCACCUUCAUCUGUACUGCUCUGUGAUGUACUUCAAUUGUGUUGACGGGACAGAAGUUCAUCAGCUAACUCCCCUUGAAUUGGCAAGAUGGUAAAAUAGUGAUUUAUGUGUCACUAAAGCCUUAGUUACACAUGACCUAUUGAAGGAAAGAUAAAAUGGUCUCCUUUAUGAGAAAUCAUGCCUGACUUGUAUAUUCUAGUUUUUUGAGGAUAAAAAGAAACAGGCAUUUACGAAGGAACAAGAUCUAAUUUGUUCAGACUUUUAAAAAAUUUUGUCAAGGUUCUUCACUAAGGCAGUUUUAAAAAUAUCAGUUAGUGUGAGAUUAUGGGAAUUUUUGUCAUGCUUAGGAAACAACUUAGAGACUUAAGAAUAAACAUCUUUCUGAAGAGAAUGGUAACAGGAAGUUUCCUAUGGGUUGAUGCUUGGUUUAACCUUAUUUAAGAUUUGUCUAAAUAACUCGAAAGUAGGAUAUAGUGCAAUCAAAUGUCAUUAUUUACAGGCAGUGAAAGGUAAACCAAACAACAUUUAAAAAAGAAAGGCAGAACCACAGAAGGGUCACAAGCUGGGCUGUGAAUACUUAGGAAAGAGGUUCGGUGUGGCUAACUGUAAAGUAACGCACUUAUGGAAGAAUCAGCAACCGAAGAGGCAGCGAGCUGUCAGAACUCAGGGGAGAAACCUAAGCAUUGCUGAGAGGGAGGCGGGGUCAAAGUGCUGCUGUGGCAAGAAGCCCAAAUGCAUCAUCAGCAAGGGUACAUGGAGACACAACAGAAAACAGAUGAUGUCUUAAAUUAUCUGUGCACCUGUAGUGACCUUAUUCGCAAAAUAUAUGGUGAAGGGAGGGAAGGUCCAGAGAACAGCAAAAAUUGUCAGGGAGCAGAGGUACUUCCACAUGAGGACGCAUCUUUAAAAUGUUGGCUCCACUUUUGGAAAGAUAAAGCUGAGGGUAGUGUUAGAUCAAAUAUCCUGUCAAGAGCAGGGACAUGUUCACCAGGUCCUGAAAUACUAGCCCUAGGGCUCUACCUCAUAGCCUAAGGUAACAGAAAGCACUUCUGCAAAUCAGAAACUUACGGAGCUCACUGUCCAGGAAGUGGUGCUGGCAGAAACUAUGUAUGGGUGCAGAAGGUUUAAGAGGAAUCCUUGUAUGGUGGCCUGCCAAAAGGAAUCAUAGAAAACGAGGGCUAUUUGGUGAUAUACAACUGAGAGGAAACUGCAUCCUUCCACAAACUGCCCCUUAGUGCUUCUCUCACAGGCAGAAUGGUCAACAAAAUGGAUCACUGGUCCUCUCAAGUAUGGUAUUUCUGAUGUUCUUGGAGGGGGGAGGAGAGAGAUCCAGCAGCCAGAAACUAGAAUUAUUCAAUCUUAGGCUCCCCUGAAUUGGUUUAAAAUCACAUUCUGAUUCUCUUUCCUUCCCUUCCUUCCCUACCCACCAUAUCUGUCUGGCAUUCCUCCAUGCAAAGAAAAUGUCUAAUGGGCGUUGCUUGGUAUACCCUCACCGUAAUUAACCUUGUGCUUGGCCGGGGGCAACAGAAACAAAUCUAGCGAGCACCAAGGCGAGUCCCUUUCACCAGAGCUCAGUCAGCUUUCUGAGCUCUCUGGAGCUCUUGUCCAUGUGGACAAAUGGAGCCCUAGAAUUUCUGACUUCCCUUAUGUGGCAGCUUUGACCACUGUGUGAUGAAAUCCUCCCCCAAGAAAUGUGGUAGGUGUCAUCGUCCCACGGAAUUUUAGUAAAAAACAUCUUGUAUAACUUUAUACUCCUAUUCAUUGGAAGAAGGAAGACUUUUUCAUAAUAAAGAAAUGUGUACUGUUUGGUAGUCCUCAGGAUAAAUGUAAAAGAAAAAGAUGGAAGGAAAAAUAGUAGUGUCAGCUCCUUUGGACUGCUUACGAUUUCUGCCUUGAAGCUCUAAGACUCUGAACAAGAAAUAACAAUACCUCAAGAAAACGUCUGGAGUGAUAGCAACACUCUCUCUCAAAGACUUCAGCCACUGCACACCACCAUUUCAGCUGUGAAGCUUUAUGACUACGCGUCAUCUGUGACUGUCUCGAAUUCCUGUUUACACGGCGGUACUGGAGAUAUGCUUUAGUGCAUAUGGACUGGAUUAAACCUCUCUUUGCUGAGCUGCAGGGAUGCUUAUCAAUCUUACAUUGUUUUCAACUCACUGGAAUAAUUUAGUUUCUUUGACUUAAGAUGGGAGUGCGCUCUCUGCUCAUGAUGGCUGCUUUAUUGCUGUAUGUUUAAUUUGACCCUCAUUUUGCCAUGGGCCUCAGGCUUUAUGUACCUUUUUCAUGGUUUUGAAAGGAACGGUUCCUGUAUGUGGAAUAUACAAGGGAUAAACACCACCCCUCACAUACCCUGUGCUUAAAUGCUUCCAUUUAAUCCAUUUACAUUUGUUUUCCCUUAGGCUAGUUCAGGUGGGUAGUGGAAAGAACAUAGUUUGAAGCAUUGCCAUAGUGAUACUGGAACUUUCCUUUCAAACCUUUACACUAAGGGUUUGUUUUUUUUCUCCUUUAUUUAAUACUUGCCUAAACUUCUAAAGUCAGUUAUAGUAACAUCACAAAACUGUGGAAACUGAACAUUGCUGCAUAAGCCAGUGGGAUGACACCUGGUUAUCUGAGAACUGCAAAAGCUGUUUCAGUGCCUUGUGAUUUACCAUAGUCAUCAGUGUUUCACGAGAUUCUGGUGUGAGGUACUCUCCUGUCAGGGACUAUGGCCUUCACCCAGAUCGUCCCCUUCUGCUAGCAUACGUAUGCUCCGAUUCACCUCUGGGUAGUUCUUACUGAAUGGGGAUUACUUUCCCUAGCUCUUAAAACAGACACAGGGGCAUCACUCUUGGAGAAUCUUAAACUGUGAGGUUUUGCUAAGUGGCCAGACUUGGGAUGUGAACUUUCUCCCUUGUUAUUUGUAAGUUUCAGCCUUAUCCAAUAUCUCAGAUUGCAGUAGGUAUAGUUUUUAUGACUGUUUAAAAAAUUCCUGUUAGAGCUGAGGCAAUAUUUUUUUUCCAGUUUAUUAGUUUUUGGUUAAGAUUUAGCCUGAGUCUUACAGCAUUUCUUUGUAGAAUGCCCCACUGAAGUGUCUUCUCCAUUGGCUAAGUACAUGUCUAAAGCCAGGAGUUUUAAUGUAAGGUACUAAAAGCCAGAUUUGCCCAACUUUGUGAGUCCAAGCUGUUUCCCCCACUCAGGGUGCUAAACAGAAUUGGAAUCUUUACUAAGUCAUGCUCAGGAAAGCUUCAAAAGAGAACAGCUUCCAAACCCUUCUCCCUAUGACACUGAAUGACAGAGAAGAACAAAUUCUUGGGGAUCGCCAAUUGUAUACAGUAGCCUUAUUACUGCUAAUCACUGUCAAUAAAAGGUCACUCCAUUCCCCUCUAUUUGAGGAAAACAAUGAGAAUGUAUCUGAUGAACUGGAAUACUGGUCAGUAUUGGGAAAUUUUAAUGUUGCAAUAUCUAAUCAAACCUUGAGUGUACUGGUUCUGUGAACCACCUGAAAAAAGCAAAUUAAACUUAUUAAACAGUA